AUGUUCUUGCGGUUUUCUUCUGGCAUGCUUCGCCUGAGAUCCUGGCUUCACAAUGAUCGUGUGCGCACGCGGUUUCCCUUCCGAUGCAUUGCUCUGGUUCUCGCCGCCAUUGGGGGCCUCAUUGUAUUCUAUCUGUUUGCUAUCCCACAACUUCGCAGAUUCCGGUUCCACGCCGGCCUGAGCUGGUAUGAUCUAGGAGGUCAAGGGUUUAGUCCAGACCAGAAUUACAUUUCCUUCGAUCAAGAGUCGCCUAUUGUCGAAAUCACCCCAUCUGGCGCAAAAUGCGAUCCCAGGUACACAUUCCUCGCACUUCGGGGCGAUUCAAUUGCCCAUCCCGGUCCCAUGAUCCUGGAUCCUGCUGGAGAGCUUGUAUGGAAGAAAUGGAACAUGUAUACAACACAAGACUUCAAAUUGCAGCGGUACAAGGGAGAGAACUACCUCACUUAUUGGGAAGGAGAGACAGCCGAGGGUAUUGGACAGGGCUCAUGGUACAUGCUCGAUUCGACCUACACCCAGAAGUAUGUGGUGUCUCCAGUCGGCAUAUAUGACGGCGACCUGCAUGACUUCCAAAUCACUUCCAACGACACCGCAAUUUUGAUCAUGUACGACCGUAUUCCAAUGGAUUUGCGCAGUAUCGGCGGCCCAGAACUAGGAUGGAUAUAUGAUGGAGUGUUCCAGGAAGUCGACCUCGAAAGUGGAGAACUGCGAUUCCAGUGGCGCACAUCCGACUUUUACCACCCGAGUGAUAGUUAUUAUCCGAUUGGAGAUGCAGGUCAGGAACGGGCAUCGGCAUAUGACUACUCGCACAUCAACAGUGUGGACAAGGAUGACCAGGGCCGGUACCUGAUUUCGAUGCGCCACCUUCAUACUGUUGCAUACAUAGAUGGCACCACCGGUGAUGUCCUCUGGUCACUAGGAGGGAUGCGGAACAACUUUACCGAUGCAUCGGAUGGAGCUGCCACCGAUUUCUCAUGGCAGCAUGACGCUCGUUGGGUAGGACCAAACCACCUCAGUUUGUUUGACAACGCGGCCUACAGUAACGACGACCCCUCUGCAGAGAGCCGCGGCAUGAUCAUUGAUCUGGAUACGGAAGCGUGGGAGGCAACUUUACUACAAUCUUUCGAACACCCGCACGAUAUGAUGGCCGUUUCUCAAGGGAACGUGCAAGUACUAGACACAGGGAAUGUGCUCGUGGGGUGGGGCCAUUCUGCAGCUUUCACCGAGUUCUCCCCAGAUGGCGAUGUUGUAUGUAAUGUGCACUUUGGUGCCUCUGCUUUCUUUACCUUUGGUCGUGUCGUCUCCUACCGAGUUUUCAAGUUUGACUGGGUUGGUAAUCCUCUGACAGCCCCCGACACUGCACUCACACCGGAGAGUGUAUUUGUCAGUUGGAACGGUGCCACCGAGGUAGCAGAAUGGCGAGUUGAGGCAUGGGACGGUGAAAACCUCAGGAAUAUGAGCUUCGCAACUGUUGACCAGGUUCCUCGCACUGGUUUUGAAACUGAGAUCCCACUGACCUCCGAAGUUGAUUCAUUCUUCCGCGUGCGUGCAAUCAACUCGAAGGGAGAGAGUCUCGGGGUGACGGAGCUACUCCAACGACUACCAGCCUCAUCAUCGGAGAUAUCUUCCCUUGUAAGCACAUGGGCACUAGCUUUCAUUGCGUUUGUGGUACUUGGCUGCCUCAUUUACGGUGUUUAUUUCGUUGUUCACCGUCGAUUUCGACGAGGAUUUGGGCCCAACGGUACUUAUCAAUUGGUGUCCCACAAGGAUGCAAACGAGGGCGAUGAUGAACAUGAUCGUCUACCAUUAUAG